AUGGAAUCGGCAUCAAAACACGUCGAAGAUUUGGGCGCCAAAGGAGUUCCUAUCGAAGACCCAAAUAAUAUACAUCGUGUAAACAACCGUGAGGACAACCAGCAAUCAAGUCGCUCCGAAUGUUACCGUUGUGGGGGGAAGCACGCAGCAAAUUCGUGUAAAUUUCGCGAGUUAAAAUGUUUUAACUGCGAUAAAAUCGGCCACAUUGCAAAGGUUUGUCGUAGCACAAGGCGAGGAACAAAGCAAGCAGAGUUGCCACAGCGACGCGAAACCGGAAGUCGAGGGAAACGUGAACAGGAUACGGAAGUAAAAAUGGUUAAUGCACAGGGGGCCCAAGAGGGAGAAUAUUCGCUGUACAAUAUUCGAGAGAAAAAAAAAGACAAAUCGAUUUCAAUUGAUGCAGAACUGGGAGGCCAGCCAAUCAGAAUGGAAUUAGACACUGGAGCUACUAAGACAAUCAUAAGUGAAGAAACAUACAACAAACUAUGUAAGAAUUUGACACCACUUCGCAAGACAACAGUUGUUCUUAGCACCUACACCGGAGAAAGAAUUCCAGUAGCGGGCGAAGUAAUGGUUCCAGUACAGUAUGAAAACCAACAGCAUAACCUACUCGCACUUGUGGUCAAAGGUCAAGGUCCAAACCUGUUUGGCCGAGAUUGGUUGCGUGUAAUCAAAAUGAACUGGACCUUAAUAUUCCAAAUAAAUGAAUGUCAUCCUUGCAGUGAAUUGAAGGAAGUUCUUGAAACCCACAAAGAUGUUUUUACCGAAGAAUUGGGUACUUUGGAAGGAACAACAGCAAAAAUCUAUGCAAAUCAAGAUGCACAACCCAAAUUUGUGAAGGCUCGGCCAGUUCCUUUUGCCAUGAAAAUUCCACUGGAACAAGAAUUAGAGAGACUACAGCGAGAGGGAAUCAUAUCUCCAGUUGAAUUUUCAGAUUGGGCUUCGCCAAUAGUGACAGUAGCCAAACCAGAUGGAUCGGUCCGCGUAUGUGGUGAUUACAAAGCAACAAUUAACCAAGCUUCGAAACUAGACAACUACCCAAUACCGAAGACGGAAGAUCUGCUUACAACCCUCA